AUGUCAGCGAUCAGCAGCCAUAUACGCAAUAUCGAAAUCCACCGAAUCCGAAGUCGCUUUGCUACCAAUUUCUAUGGCAGCGGUACCUCUCAAUUCUCAAGGCAAUGCGAACCCUCUCGAGCAACACCAGGGCCAUCAACCACACCCACCACCAUCACGAUGGAAUUUAACGCUCUUAUCGACCACAACGAUAUUCACACGUCACCCACAGCCGAGCGUUUCUACCGGAUUCAAUUGGCAAGGCAACAACGGCCACACUGGCACCUGAACGCUCACAGGGCCCCAGAGCUCCCGCGUGAGCAAAAUAUUCGAACACGUGCCUUGCGCGAAGACGCCCAUAUGUCCUGCGCGGCUACACGCGAGGCCACCGGCGCGUCGGAUAAACAGAUUCAAUAUGCUCUCACUACACCGUUGACCCCGCGAACCAACCGUCGUGGUCGGAAGCCCUCGCGGUUUACCGACGAAGAGAAGGACCAUAUUACUCGCCCUCUCAACGACGACACUAUCGCUCGCAAGCUUAGUUGGCUAGAUUUAAAGCUGUAUUUGGAAGGAUCUGAACAUUGGACGGAUACGGGCUUCACCACAGCCAUGAGAGCAGCCGGCUUUAGUCGUCAGGUCCCACCGCGGAGGAUCAAGCUCACCGCCCAAUACCGGGCCGAACGACUGGCCUUUGUCCGUGAGCAAUUGGCACUUCGGACUCGCCCGGAAGACUGGGAGCACCUGGCCUUUAGUAACGAGGCCCGGGCUACUAAUGACCCGAUGUAA